AUCUUUAAUUAUAAAUUUUGAAAUAACUUGACACAGAGCCUAUAUGGGGACAUACUGGAUUGUGUCAUGGUUCGUCACCAGCCAACUUUUGACCACCCGGUGCAGAAAGGAACAACGUCGUUGGACCCACCAAAGUGACCAUACAGACAUCAUCAUCCAGGGAUGCAGUCGAAAAUGUAUCAACUAUGAAGCUUAUCCAGCGAAUACUGCCCGUAGGGAACAAUUCCGAUCAGAAGAACAACCGAACAAGAUUGUUCUAAUGGUGGUCAUGAGUUGGUUAUAUAAGUGGAGAGCAAUACUAGGAGUAAAAGCCAAGCAUAAAUGUGUGGAAUCCAGAGGUGACAGAUCGAUUUGAGUUUAGUCUGUCACAAAUGUGGGUCAAUUCUGGUUCUUUCGGUGACCAUCUCAAUCUCAUUGAAGCUGGUUGGUAGGUAUAUUUCUUCAACACAUACAUACAUGUCCCUUGAUACGAUUGAAGAAGAAGACCAAAGUACUAUUAUUCACAUAAUUUCUUUGUAGUUUGUUACUACUUAAUUCAGGAAACUUACAAUGGUACUCUGUUUUAUAUA